AUGGGUACAUGCAUUAAACUAUUGCGAUGAAUAUCAGAGGGAGUGGGAUCUGGCACGAAUAAAAUAUAACAGUAUGAUGCACUCUAACAGUAUGAUGCACUCCAGGUGAUUAACAAAACCAUCCACAAACGUUUCAACAUUAGUAAGAGAUUAUUAAAGGAUAUUAAUUAUAAGUGGGAUUUAAGGAUUUUUCUAAGUUCAGUAACUGGCAGCAGAAGUUCUGGCAGCGGGAAAGUCCAACAUGAAAAUGUCACUGUGUCCAGUCUGGUCAAGCGUGUCAAACAAGAGCGAGGGGAAGAUGUAUGGCCUUCUACUUGAAAGCGUUCAGUUUUAUGUCAUACGGGACUGUGGCGAGCAUGUGUGGAAGGCCAUUCUCGAACAUGCAGGUUACAAGAAUAUUGUGUUCAGCACCCAUAAUACAUACAGAGACGAAAUCAUGACACAGUUAGCUAAGAGUUGUUGUCAUGUGACCAAGAGUAAAGAUUUCAACCAGUGGAUGACAUUCUUUGGAACAUGCUUCGUCGACUUUUGCUCAGGAUACGGUUACGACAAACUUUUGAAAGUCUCUGGACGGAAUUACAGAGAUUUUUUACAUGGUAUAGAUAAUAUACAUGAAGUGAUAAGGUUCAGUUAUCCUCGACUACAAAGUCCCGCAUUUCUUGUUUUAAAAGAGGAUACGAAUGGAUGUGCAUUACUUUAUCAAUCGAAACGAAAAGGAUUUAAACAUUAUGUGAUAGGUCAGUUGCAACAGAUUGCAAAACGAUUUUACAAUGUUUGUGUAGAUAUUACUGUGAUGGAUGAAACUAUUGUUGACAAUCAAGUGAACGUACGGUUUCGACUAGAAUUUGACAAUUCAGCAUACAUGCCGAAAGUAUUGUCCAAACAAAACUCAGGACUACCUCAAUUCUCAAGCAUAUCGGGUGAUAUAUUUCUUAAAGUUUUUCCAUUUUGUAUAGUAUUCAAUAACCAACUUGUGAUACGCGAUGUGGGCUCCAGUCUCGCAGCUCUCCUCAAGGGAGACAACCUGAUUAACUUGUGUCUUCGUGAGAAAUUCCACAUACGACGACCUCUCAUACCGUGUAAUUGGGCCAAGAUUCUGCAAUUCCAGCGUGUGAUAUUUGAGCUGGAGUACAUCUACGACAUCGACAGUGAAAAUGACCUUGACCUAGAAGACACCUGGGAAAGUGGGGUUUCCCAGGACAUUCCGACCAAUGAGAGCACAGCACGGCAGAGAAUAUUGCUACGGGGCCAGAUGAAGUUCAUUGACCAGUGGAAUAUGAUUGCUUUUCUCGGAAAUCCAUUGAUGGGUAACCUCCAGGAUCUUCACAGAGCGGGCCUGUACAUCAACGACCUUAGCCAGUAUGACAACAGUCGGGAUAUGGUGAUGGCCGGCUGUCUGCAUGCAUCCAAGCUGGAACACUCCAUAGAACAGCAACGAGAGAAAAGUGAGAAGAUAUCUGAGAACAUGCAGAAGAUUGAGGAGUGGAAGGCUCGUAGUGACAGUCUCCUCUAUGCCAUGAUACCCAAGUCUGUGGCAGGGAAACUCAAAUCUGGAGCUGACCCCAUCUCCACUUGCGAGGUGUUCAACAAUGUGACAAUCAUGUUCACCUACAUGGUUGGUUUUGGUGACGUCUGCUCCUCUGCCACUCCGAUGGAGAUCGUUAACAUCAUCAACAGAGUUUUCAUAUUGUUCGACAAAAUCAUUGACAAAUAUGAUGUUUUUAAGGUGGAGACUCUGGGGGAUGCAGUAUACAUGGUAGCGGGUGGUGUGCCAGACAGGAACCCGGACCACGCCUUCAAUGUUGCUGGGCUUUCUCUUGAACUACAACAGGAAGCCAAGAAUAUUGUUGAACCAUGGCAGACAGAGUAUAAGCUGAAGACAAGGAUAGGCAUGCACACAGGAAGUGUAGUUGGUGGAGUGGUUGGUCGUCGAAUGCCACAGUACUGCCUUUUUGGAGACACGGUCAAUACAGCUUCAAGGAUGCAGACCUACAGCCUCCCAGGGCGUAUUCACAUCAGUGAACCAUGUGAAGCUUGUUUGAAGGGCACAGAUAUGGUAACAGUCCUAAGAGGCACUGUCAAUGUGAAGGGAAAGGGUGACAUGCGGACGUACUGGCUGGCGGGCUACGUGGGUGAAAAGAGAACGACACAGUUCAUAGAGGAGGUCAGACAUGAGAGGAAUGAAGCUGUCCGCAAAUUCAGUUCUUACGAGAAUGCUAUGGACCUACAUAGCAUGCAUGCUUCCACAAGUUAUGCCCAGUUAGCCUCAAACUUUGGCAGUCUUCGUCGUAAGAGCUCUACGUCUUUUUCGCAUCUCCGACUUGACGAUAUUUCAAUAGAUGAAAAGUCAAACAACAAACUAGGCAACACUCAGAACAGUUUGUCACAUGCAAGGUUUCUUUCCACGUCAUCAUCUCAGUGUAGUCUGAAUAGUAACAGUCCAGGUUCUCCAGAAGUUUCGAGUGUGACAGUGGCUCAGAAAGGUGACACUGGCUCAAUACAUGAAAACACAGAAGAAGAUCUUGAAUAUCAAGGCAUGCUCUUUUUUGGAGCACGUCCCAAAUUCACAAUCACAACACCAGAGAAAACUGUUAAACAUUUAGCAUUAUCCGAUUGGAAUGAAAUUUGUAAAGAAUCUCACGAAGAAAAUGUCUCAACUGAUUCAGAGGAUGAUUCAGGAAUCAAUUUGAGUGUUCCCACUGCUGAGCCUAGAAGUAGCAAGAAAGGCAAUACUGAUCAAAUCAAAGUCAGUAUGCCCACUCCUAAGUCAUUUAAUAUCCACAAAGAAAAAUCUGAUCAAGUCAAAAACAGGUUACAUACAUCUGGGUCUUGUAUGAAGCAAAAUAUUGGUCUAAUAAAGAAUCCCACUUUGGAGCCUAAACAAAGCAAUAAACAAAAUACUGAUCUCAAAUCACUGGUGACAGAUGUCCAAAGGCGGUCACUGUCCAAAUUUAGAUUGAGACUUCCGGAUAUGUCCCACCUCUCUGGUUUGUUCAAAAUCCCCCACUAUCUUUCAUUUGGAGGGCACAAGCAUAGACAUGGCUUGUCCAAAGACUCACAUGAUAGUGAUAAAAAGGAAGAAAUUAGCAAACCAGCUGAAAUUGCAAAUUCCCAAAGAAAAGACAAUAGUAAUUCUGAUAUGGAUCCAAUCACCGACCAUUCUAGUCAUUUAAAUACACUGCCUAUGCAGAAGGAGAAGUCAGAUGAAUUGCCUUUAGAGCCAGUUCAUAAACAUCUACAAAACUUUGAAGAGGACAAAGAUUUUUGUCUCAAAAUGAAAAUGCAAACUAGUGUUACAGAAAAAGAAAAACUUGACAACUCAACAAAAAAUUGCAGAAGUGGGACAAUGCACAAUGGUAGUGAAGCCUGUGGUCAGAGAGUACAUAGUUGUCCAUUCGCAUUAACCAGACCAAACAGUUUAUGUAAUGGGGACCAACGAAAAUCGAAAAGUUGCCAUGCAGACAUCACAAGAAAUGAUGAACACUUCCUAUUCAAACAUAAUCACCUGGAAAAUGACUUAGAUCAAUUGUCUUUGAAUCAGUUCAAUUUGGAAAUUCUUCAUGACAAAACAUGUGAACAAAAUAAUGGUUUAGAUUCAGGAGAUGAAAGCAUUGACAAAUGUAAGGUAAGGACACAAUCUGUGGGAGACAGAAAACAUGUUGAAAUACAAAUGUUGAAACCAAUUGAAAAAAUGAGGGGAGGUAGUCCAAAAGCAAAGUAUGCAUGGGCAAGUGAUGGUUGUAUUCGGAAUGGUUUCUUCGGAAAAGCUGAUGUUACAAAUGAGGAAAAGAAGAAACACAAUGGUAUGUGUCUGCAUGCAGUAGUUAAUGGACUUGGUGAGAAAGAUGAUGCUGUCAAGUUCCGUCUGUCUGAUGAAUAGUAAUGGAGAAUUAUUUAUAAAUACUCCUGAAAAUGAUCAACAAUUUGACUAUGAGAAUUUUUAAAAACUUAUAAUAGAUUCUGCUGAGUCCAUACCUGUGUACAAUUAUAACGCUUUGAUAGAAUAUUAUAGGUAAUUUGUUUUUCAAAGAAGUUGAGGUAUUGCCAUACCCUAUUGGUGUCUUUAUGAUGCAAAAUCUUUAAUGAUGACUGUUAUAUACAUUACUAUAAUGUACAUAAUAUUCUUCAUAAAUGACAAAACUAGUGUGUAGCAAUUCCAAAAUCACUGACUAAAAACAUGGUCGAGUUAUGCCCCUUGGUUAACUAAAAAACAGACUAAAGUGUUGGCAGCAUUCUGCUUCCAGUGCCCAUGUUUGUUAUGCAUGUUUUGUCAAUUGGAUUAUGAUUUUUAAAUGCCUACAUCUCACUCAGGGAUAUCAUUGAUGUUUUUGUAUGAUAUGUGUACAUGUGGCAAUAAGUAUUCUGAAAUGAUUUGAAUGUCACUGUAUGUUGUAAAUACAUUUAGAGGUAGUUCACUUUGAUAAGAUGGAUAAUGAAAUACUUUUCUUUAUAAAUAUGAGCUGUGCUGUAAAAUACCAAAAAACAAAUAAAAUUGUGUUGUACCAGUAGGCGAUUACUUCUCGAACAGUCACCAUUUUCAUCACAUUUUGGAAGUUGUAUUUCAAAUGCCAGAUUUUAAUCAAUCAGCCUUUCACCCUAAGAAAAUCACAUGACUAGUAAAACUAGAUGGGUCUAUCUUAAUUAAGUCAGCUUUAUUACCGUAUAUGUUACAUUUUUGCAUAUCAAACUAACUUUUUCUUAUGACCCUCAUCACUACUGCACCAAGCAGUAAUACAACAAUGACCCUGAACAAAACAUCACUGUCAUGUGGUCUAGCGAACUAUACCAAUGCCUUAAACCACUAUCACAUUGCAUGAAGAGGCAACCAAGUAAUGGUUCUCUUACCGGCCCUAAAGUCCCAGGUAUUUGCUUCAGUAACUAGUUUCAUCAUAGAUCCAUGAAUACCAGUAGUUAACUUUUCCAUAACCAUGUUGACUCCCAUCAGACUCCCAUGAUACAUCUACAUGCAACAAACUGACUAUCAAACUCCCUUGUUGUCCAAAGAUCAGAGUCCCUUAAUAUCAAAAGACCAGGUCAUUUGAUCACUGACUUAGUGAAUCAAAAUAUGAGGAGGUUUAAGACAACUUAAAUAAUAAUAAUAAUUUUGUCACAUUAUAAAGAAAGAUUUGUUCAGACGAAUUAAAACCCCCCAGAAAAUCUGAAUAAAAUCAAACUGUCCAAGAUUUAUCUGCCUGCUGGUAUAUAUGAAGAGCCUGAUAAUGAUUAUGUUACACCUUAUAAAUUCUCUUUUUAGUGCCAACCACACUAGUUAUUUUGUAUGUUUAGUUUUAUAACAUUUUUUACAGAAUUGUUCUUGUUUUAGGAAAUUUUAUUGUGUUUUUAAUACAAGUCUGUUAUAUUUUUGUUCAACAUAUAUUGGCAGUGAUUUGCUCUGUAGUGAUAUGAUUGUGCAUUUUUGAGACGUGAUGUUUGUUGAUAUGAGUAUUUGAAUAUAUUUUAAUAAUGAAAGUUUUAAUGGUUGUGUUGUUGAAAUAAAGAUUUCAUUCUUUGUAAUUUAUAAAUCAAAUAUUUGUUUUAAAAUUGUUGUAAUUUUUUCUUUGGUAUAACCGGGUAUGUACAAAAAUUAUGGUCCAUAUGUUAACAUGUUCAUCAGUAGGCCCAAUGUAAACAAUGGUUUAUGUUUCAAAUUUUUCAAGCUCAUCUGUGACAUUUUCAAAGGAAAAAAGUACAUGAUUUUGUCAAAGCAUUGCUGUUGUUGUCAGCAUUAUCCUACCAAAAUCUUAGCUAUAACUAAACUCGUUUCAAGAUAUUCACCUAAUGAAAUCUAACGCACAUGUUGUCUACAGUGACAAUAUAUAUACCUGGUAUUUGUAGCAGAGCCAAUAACUCCCACUUUAACAACUGUCAAGUAAGUUCCCCUUGAUCAACAGAGAAAAACAGAUGGGCUUUGGCAUCAACUUGUAGUUCUAUUGUUAUCCCCCUCUGAAAUUUUUCGUUGGAGGAAUAUAGAUUUUGUGUUAUUGGUCCGUCAGUCUUUCCUUCCAUCCAUCCAGAGCCAUUACUCUGUAACUACUGGACAGAAAUAAACUUGCAAAGUGUGUAAAGCCAUUAUGCGCUGGUGCAUGCACAAGAUCCAUGAUGAGUGGACCUGGAGCACAAGUUAUUGCCCUUUAAUUAAUGAAAGAGGCUAAUUUUGUGGGUGUGGAGUCAUUACUACGUAACAGAGAUUAAUGAAACUUCUGUGAGGUGUGUAUAACUGUAGUGUAGUGGUGCCUGUGUAAGAUCUGUCUUGAUUGGUUCAGUUUCUCUGGAGUUAUCUACCUUUAACUAAUAAAAAUAAAUGCUUGUGCAAGUUCUGUCUGGAUCGGUUACUUGGUUAAAAAGUUAUUGCCCUUAAAUUCAUAAAAAAGCAUAAAAAGUCGUUUUUGACCAAAGCUAUUUUAGUGUUACUUACUGAUAGGAUUACUGCGUUUUGAUGUAUACUAUGGUGUUGAGCACUGCAAUAUAGGCACAACAGAGAUAUUAACAUUAUUCUUACCCUUGUCAUUUUGAUCAAAUUGCUGCUCAUGUACAUUAGACAAGAGUUUUACAUGUUGGUCAGUAUUCUUUGUCAAAUAAAAAUCAUCAGAGCAAAGAGUAAUCACCACUUGCCUUUUAAACAUAUACUAUUAUUCCAUUAUCAUUUGCCAUUUCUUUGAUAGAUCUGUUUAUGUACCAUGUGAUUUCAUUUUUCCAUUGAUUGAUAUUGCAAAACGGAAUUUUGCUAUUCCAAUUUAACUUCUUACCAAUCAAAUUACUCUUGCCAGGGUUUUCCUAAAAUUGCAGUCAGGAAAUGUUUGGUUCUUCGACAAUGCAUCAUUCAAUGGCAGAUGUCAUUUGUCAGAUUUGCUUGUUAGCUUAAAGAGUUUUUUGCAUGCAUAAAUUUAAAUCUUCCAAGGGACCAUUUGAUUACCUUUGUAUUAUCAUUUUGGCAAGACAUCAUUGUUGUUCAAGGUUUUGUAUUUUAAAUAAAUGAAAUUGCCAGUAGAAACAAUUACUUGUAUUUAGAGGUUCGAAAUAUAGAAUAAAGCUGAAAUAAUGUUACAAUAAUAUAUAUAUACAUGUUGUUUUUUAUAUAACUACUAUGACGAAAUGUAUUUAUUGUUAAAAAAUGUAAAUUCGAUUGUGUAAGUAAUUUAUUUUGAUAUUACAAUUGUUAACAAAAAUGUUCUGUGAACAUACAGUCCACAUUGAAUAAAAUCCAAUUUAUGUUGCAAGUGUUGAAUCAUUCAAGAAUGGUUGACGAAUACAAUCAUGUAGUUGUAGGCCAGUAUGCACAUAUUAACUCAUUGGAAUCCAGUGUCUUUUGUUUCAAUAAUUGUGAUAUUAUUACUUAUCUGGCUACUCUGUGCAAUCUUUUUUUUAUUUUCUUUGAACAUUGUUAUUGUAUAUUAUAUCAGAAUAAACAUUAGA